GGCGGCUGCGCUUCUUCGGCUCUUCGAUUCAAGCAGAGAAGCGUACUCGACGUCGCGGCCGCAGAAUUCGCUGUGCCACUUGAGAGAGUGCUUCAAACGGAUCAGCGUGCUCAACUAAGAAACUUGUGCUGCUCUGUUUAUUAAGGGGUACCCGUGCAUUGUCAUGUCGCUGCAGUGUCGCCGGAGUUCUGCUUGGAUUAAUGUCCUCGGUAUUGGAGUUUUGCUAUGGGCUUCACGAGAAGUUCGAGGUGGGAAGAUGAACAUAAAAGCUGUGGCGGGUCAAAGCGUGGAGCUCCCCUGCAACGUGUCAGUCACUUCCAAGGGAAAUUGGGCAGCGUCACUAGUGCUGUGGUACAAGGAUAAUGCAUCUACGCCCCUGUACACACUGGACGUACGGAGUGGCGACGUCUCCAGGGCUCGUCAUUUUCCUGCAGCAGCAGCGAUGGGACGCGCCAUUUACGAUGUGUCUCGUAUGCCUACUGUCCUCAGGUUAGGCCGGGUGGAACCGUCUGACGAAGGAAAUUACCGAUGUCGGGUGGAUUACCGACAGUCCCGAACGGAACACCACAUUGUUGCACUCUACGUAAUUGUGCCUCCAAAAGAAGUUAUCAUCGUGGACGAGUAUGGACAACGUCUGGUCGGUGUUGUUGGACCCUACAAUCAGGGGUCCACUAUCCGCCUCAUAUGCGACGCAGAAGGUGGAAGCCCUCUUCCACAAGUGACAUGGUGGAAAGGAGGAAACCUCGUGGAUGACAGUUACGCUGUCCAACCGCAAGGAUAUGUGAGAAAUGAACUCCAUUACGGACCCUUAAACCGAAGUGAUUACAUGGCAGAACUUCAAUGCCGCGGUUCUAAUACCGACAUGGCUCCUUCGGUCACCAGCGGAGUAAGUCUAGAUAUCAACUUGAAGCCAGUCCUUGUGAAGAUCAGUUCUACCGUUCACCCUGUGUCCGCAGGAAAAGCAGUCAAAAUUCGCUGCCGAGUAGAAGGUGCUCGUCCUCAUGCAAGGAUAGCAUGGUUCAAAGGAAAUGAGCGUUUGCUCGAUGUCAGAGAUGUUCCCGGCGCUGCUCAAAACUACACAUUAAGCACCGUAUCCUUCAUCGCUAGUUCCAAAGACCAUGGGCUCAACGUCACAUGCCGCGCAGACAAUCCAAGUUUACCGAAGAGUGACAUCAGCGACGGCACAACGCUCAACGUUCAAUACACCCCACGCGUAUUUCUCUCUUCGGGAAGUACAACGCUUCGAGAAGGAGAUGACGUGCUUUUGCACUGUGCUGUCGAUGCCAAUCCUCCUGCCACUCGAAUAGCCUGGCACUUGGGCGGAACGCUCAUCAGAAACGCAACAGGAGAGAACCUGCAGCUGCGAGCUGUCUCAAAGAAAGACAACAGCGAUGUCAAGUGCUCGGCUGUCAACAGCGAAGGAAACACAUCGAGCAAUACACUUCGCCUGACAGUAGUGCAUCCACCGGAGUGCAAGACUUCCAAUGUGAUCGAACACAGCGCAUCCUACGGCGAAAUCGUCCGCAUCCCAUGCGACGUGGAUGCCAAUCCCGAUGAAGUUCACUUCGACUGGCUCUUCAACACAACAGAGAGGACAAGGCGCAUCAAAAGCUUUACGAUCAACGGGACGCGAAGCGUGGCAACUUUAAUACCGAACGGAAAAUCCGAUUAUGGUUUUCUCCUGUGUUGGGCUUCCAACGCUGUUGGGCGUCAGAAGGACCCUUGUGCCUUUCGCCUCGUGCAAGCAGGGCCUCCAGCGCCACCUCAAAACUGUACAACGAGGGUUCAUAACUAUGAGACAGUGUUCGUGCAGUGUAAAGAAGGAUACACUGGUGGCCUUCCACCCACAUUCCAUAUUGAACUGUACAGUGCGAUGCCGGAAGAACUGCUAGCAAAUGUCACAUCUACUAAACAGCCUCACUUCAAGCUCAGUGGUCUGCGUCAGGGUUCUUUCUACAAGGCUGUCGUCUAUGCUUCAAAUGUCAAAGGACGAAGCUCGAACAUUACAUUACACUACUCCGUUCCGCAAUUUAACGCUUCUUUACUAUACAAGGAGGACAGACCACUGGACGUUAUGAGCCCGCUGUACGGCUUUCUCAUUGGUGCUACUGUCUUCCUGUCAUGUGCCUUGAUACUCUUCUUCGCAACCAAACACUGCAGACGUGUUCAGCUGCAGAAAGAUAAAAGGAGGCCCUCUACAGCUGACAAAUGCUCACAAGACAAGGAGUGCCUCGAACUGUCCUCCGAAAAAGAAUUCCGAUCUCCAGACAUCAUAUGCGAACAGUACGCUGUGCAAGCAUCAACAAUGAGGGAGGCUUCCAUUCAAAGUAGCGCCGAAUACGAGUUUGAGUACGACAAAGUGGAAUUUUUAUCGCCAUUGCAGUAUUCUACUGGCACUACCAGAAAAAAAUCGAAGUGGAAAUCCUCAGAUGUCAAGCGGUCACCAACAAUUUCUGGGUGCACUGGAUCCUACGAGCUAACAGAAUGGACGGGAAGCGGGGAUUCCCUGCACCAUUGCACUCCUGCUGCUCCAUUAUGAUGCUUAAACGGCACAAGAACAGAAUACGGCUCAUAUGUGAUGUCUCAUCAUCACGG